GGCAAUGGGCUCCCAGGUGCAGGCAGCGUCCCGGUGCCGCGAGCCAGGCCCCGCCUUCGGCAGGGUGUCCCCGGAGGUCAUCGAGGAGGCGCUGAUCCGCCUGGCCACGGAGAACGAGCGGCACCUGAGCGAGCUGCCCGAGGGGGCCGGGUGCUUCAAGGAGGCGCGGAUCGUGGAGUUCAUCUUCCUCUUGGCUGAAAAGUGGCGCCUGGACCCGUCGGCGCGGUACCAGGCAGUGGAGUUACUUGAGAGGUUUAUGAUCAAGCAGGUGGAACAAAUCUCUAAGUCCUCUAGGAAGAGCGUUAAACACUGUGAGCAGGGGGGAGGCAGCAGCUGCAGCUCUCUGGAAGAUCAGCUCUACAACACGUUUGUCCUGCGGCUCGUGUCAUGCAUUCAGCUCGCGAGCAAACUGUCCCUGCACUAUAACAGAGUUAACAGCGACGUAGCUUUAAAAUUUCUGCAGUCUCUGAAGUACUCGUACACGAAACAGGAGCUGCUCGAGUCAGAACUUGCUGUUCUAAAAACUCUGCACUUCCAGGUCAACGUCUCGACUCCUUUGGCUUACGUGGAGUUGCUCCUGGAGGUUCUGGGGUACAACGGCUGCUUGCUUCCCACCAAGCCCUUACAUGAGAUGUGUAUUCAGCUCCUCGACUUCUCCUACCUUGCACGAGAUGCCAUCUACGACACUCUGUUGAAGAUUGCCGUCGAAAACUCCACACCAAGCAGACUGCAAGUAGCAAAGUUUUUGACAGUGAAGGAAGAUUUCAUGCUCUUGGCUGUAGGAACCAUCAGCACAAGCAUGUUCGUACUAAACCCUGGGCAUUGGAAGCAGGUUGUGGAGCAUUUGAACUGUAUCACUGGCAUCACUUCACAGAGCAUACAAGAUUUUUCUUACGCAGUACUGAAACAGGUCAUUGGCAGCACCAGUCCGAGGCAGGGCUACAGGAGGUGUGGAACAAAAGCUCUGGAACACAGAACUGGGCCUCCUCAGUAGAGCUGCCUGCCCCAGGGCAGCAAAGCACUGCCACUGCCCAGAGCACCCCAUGCAAUUUGGUUUGCUUUUGUUUGGAACACCAGGGUUAAGUCAGAAAAGCUCCUUUCAGGCAACACCCCAGUGCUGUGAAGGGAGGCGCCAGGAGCCAAGUAGAAAUAACCUCUUUGGGCAGAAAAAGUCUUUAUUGUAAGACCUACAUCAGCUUAGUUCCGAACAGAAGUUCCCUUGAACAAGGAGCAAGCCCUAAGGAGUCACGUUCUGAAACGGCAGUGAGGCGCGUGGUGUGGUAAGGGCACUAGGAGCAGCUCACAACCCCGUUACAAACAGAGCUGUACUUGCUUUCUCUAUUUGCUGCUGCUUUAAAGCUGACUCUUGUCCCAGGCAGCCGGGAUGUUCCUGUGUCCCCUCUCUGCUCCCAGCCCAGCAGGCAGUUGCCCACCUCUGUGGUCAAAGGCACAGCUCCCCCAGUUUGGAAAGGGAUGCGACUGUCGCGAUAGCAGGGACUUGCUGAGCCCGUCACUGGGAGCUGUGCCCAUGUCACAUGGAAGCACUCUCCGUGUAGAAUAGUGUUUUAUUAUUUACUGGGUGCACCUCCAGGUGAGAACAGGCUGCAGGAAGUAUCACAAACACCAGCAUCAUCCCAGCUAACGGUACUUGAAGCAGUAUCAAACCUUGCUACGUUGAGCGGCACAGAGUACUGACAUGACUUAGAAUCCUUUAUUUCAGACUGCAGUUACCUUGAGCUCCUCCACGUUCCUGUGUUUGUAACAUUUCACUUCUCUAGCUGUAAGAGUGGUACUGAACUCACCCCUUUGAAGUUCAGCAGUAAUUUCAGUCUAUAAACCUCAAAGUGCCAGUUUAGCAUUGAUUUAACACCUUUUUAUUGUGUUCAGCUCCAUGACACAACUUUACAUAUUGCUUUUCUAUAUACUACUUGUAAUAAUGGUCUUUUAAAUAAAGUGUCUUGUGGUUUUUUGGUAUUGUAAA